GGUGGGUGAACAAGGUAGGGGCAAUGAAAUCUACAAUAAGAAGCAUCACGGUCUUUUUGAGUCUAAAUUGUCCAUUGAAUUCUGUCAGAUCUUCACAUGCACACAAGAUACUUCAAAAUAAACUUACCUUUCAUUGGAUGAUUUGGUUCAGUCAUAUAUUACCAUGUCUCUGUGGCAUUUACUAAUACUUUCAUUGAAGCAGCCAUAGAGAUGCAGUUCAAACAGUAAAAGGAAAAAUCUCAACAAUAUCAGUUUUUAAGAAUAACAAACAUCAUUGGUUUAUUGUUAUUAAAAAGGAAUAGCAAAUCUCUCUCUCUCAAUUUGUCCCUUGUACAGUGUCUUGCUUCAGGGGCCUAAAUCCAAACUUGUGCUCUGCUUCUCAUGUUUGUAAGAAAUCCAACUUAUGUGCCAUUCUCCUUCCUUCGUACUAUUAUGCAUCUCUCUCAAAUAUAUCCAAAAUAUUGAAAACUGUAUUGUAAAGAUUCAAGAUGUGAAAACGUUCUAAAGGUAUAGGUACUCCCAAGACACUGAACAUUGUCCUGGCACAUAACUUAAAAUUAAUUGAAAAUCUUCACUCUCCACAUAAGUGCACACAGGGUCAGCCUGAUGAAGGCAGAUGGGACCAUUUGUGUGAAUUAGAUGAAAAGGUAUAAAGAGGAUGUGGAAAAUAUUGAACAAUCACUAAUCAUCCUCUGUGGAGGCGGACGAUGAAGUAAAUCUGUGUCUGGCGUUCUUUUCUGGUCAUUGAUUUUUUUCCCCGCAGAACUGGCUAUAUAUAGAGACUGGAGACCAAAGGGGAUGCCCUGUCACUUUGUAUCAGUCGACAUUAAGCCAGACGUGCCAUUGGCUGUGGAGCCCCUGUCCCCUUUGGACCUACGCACAGACCUAAGGAUGCUGGGGCCAGGCUCAGACCCCGGACUGUGGGAGAGGCAGCUCCAGCAGGAGCUGCUCCUCAUUCAGAAGCAGCAGCAGAUCCAGAAGCAGUUACUGAUCAGCGAGUUUCAGAAGCAGCACGAGAAGCUGACCCGUCAGCAUCAGGCUCAGCUUCAGGAGCAUCUCAAGCUCCAGCAAGAGCUCCAGGCCAUGAAGCAGCAGCAGGAACUCGCUGAGAAGGAGCGCCGUCUAGAGCAGCAGCAGCAACAACAACAGAACCAGCAGGAAAAAGAGCUGGAGAGGCAUCGGCGAGAGCAGCAUGUCUCCAGCCUGAGCCUCAGGGCCAAGGAGCGCUCCCGAGAGAGUCUCACAGGUGCGGUGGCCAGCACAGAGGUGAAGCAGAAACUCCAAGAGUUUCUGUUGAACAAAUCUGCAAAGGAUCCAGUCACUAAUGGAGCCAAUCACUCUUUCAUUCAACAUCCCAAACUCUGGUACACGUCCUCACACCACGCAUCCCUGGACCAAAGCUCUCCACCACUGGGGGGAACAUCGCCCACCUGCCAGUACACUCUGCCGUCACCUAUCGAGAGCAAGGACGACUUCCCCUUGAGGAAGACAGCAUCUGAGCCAAAUCUGAAGGUACGAUCCAGACUGAAGCAGAAGGUGGCAGAGAGGAGAAGCAGUCCAAUGCUGAAGAGAAGAGAUGGAAACAUCAUUACUCCUUACAAAAAGAGGGCUUUAGAGCUUAUGGAUUCAGCGCCAACUAACAGCGCCCCUGGGUCUGGCCCCAGCUCUCCCAUAGGGGCCUCUAGUGCCUUGGGGGCUGAAAAUGGACCCUCCUCUCUGCCUACGACAACAAAAACUGAGAGGUGGCCUUCCCAGCCAAGAUUAUUCCGACCUGAGGGCUCCGUGUCCAUGCUGAGCUUGUACACAUCUCCAUCCUUACCCAACAUCUCCUUGGGGCUCUCUACUACAGCCACACCAAUUAGUGCUGCUAUGGGCUUAAAUGACAGAUCGACAGAAAUCAAACAUGGGUUGCCUGGGCACCUGCUGGGCCCUGUGCCACUUCAGACAGCCCUGGAGUCAAAGGUCAGCCCCAGCCACCAGGCUCUGCUCCAGCACCUCCUCCAGAAGGAGCAGAUCAGGCAGCAGAAGAUCAUCUCUUCUGGUCAAGGCUCCAUGUCCUCCCACGCUCAGUCCCCUCUGGUCAUGAAGGAUCGCCUCUCCAGCAGUCGCCCUAAGCUACCAAAACACAGACCGCUGAACAGAACCCAGUCAGCACCGCUGCCUCAGAACACACUGGCCCAACUCGUCAUCCAGCAGCAGCACCAGCAUUUCUUGGAGAAACAGAAACAGUACCAGCAGCAGGUCCACAUAAAUAAGCUGUUAUCCAAGUCCAUUGAGCAGUUACGUCAGCCCAGCACACACCUGCAGGAAUCAGAGGAGGAACUGGAGGAGCAGCAGCCUCGAGAGGAGACGGAGAGCAUGCAGGAGGACAGCCUGCCCCCUGGAGGAGUCAUUCGGAAGCACACGCUAAGCAGCAGCAGCAGUGGCAGCUCGAUCGGCGAGCUUCCAGAUGCUCACUGUGGGGUCAUCAAGGUCAAAGAGGAGCCAGCAGAUAGCGAGGACGAGGCUCUGACCAAUCGGCGCCUAGUAUCCGAACAGAGCACCUAUCUCCACCAGGUCAAAGGGAGACUGGUGAUAAGAGCCAUGAUCUGAGGGAAUGGAUGGAGUUGAUGUCGCCCGCUCACAACGAUCACAAACAUCCACACUUGCACGCAUGCAUACACGUCAGACAUUGCACGGUAGACCAGCUCUGUCACAACAUAUGACCUCUUCUCACUCAGCUGCAGCCUCACUCAUCCUAUACUGUUAAGACUCUGUUUGUGGUCUUUGUGUUGUGAUCGCUGUAAAAUAUGUAUGUUUCCUUGGUUGUAAAUAUGAAGACACUUUAGAUCUUUCUUUUUAAGAGCCGCUUUGGUCACCUGGAGUCUGCUCAACUGACAAACCUUUAUGUACAUAUACUGUGGAUUUAGCAUCAAAGAUGAUUUGUAGAGGGAAGCAUUAGCAGAUGUACAGCUUCGACAAACCUCCAUUCUGUACAUUUUUCCAUAAAAUAUUCAAAUAUUAUCAGUCUUUGCUCUUUGUUCUGGAAGCUAAAUCUUUUUUUUUUCUAUUUUAUUUUAUUUUCAUGAAAACCUGUGACAACAUUCACUGUUCAGUGUUCCCACAACGGAAAUGUGGAAUAUCUGUCUUAGAGAGAAUGCACAUUUAAACACUAACAGGGCAGAAACUCAUAUUGCAAUUUGAAGGAUAAAGCACUAAAUCCUGGCUUGGGUGUGCAGGCAUCUCCUUCACACACCCCUGGUCUCCAUCCCAUCCCGCCUUGGAGUGAUCGCAGAGCCAGAGCCCUGCAUUAGGUCGAGUUCUUCUCCUUUUCUCCCUGCCCUCCUCCUCCUCCUCUCUGGGUCCAAAAUCAAAGCUUAACGGAGUUCCUGCCCAGCUUUCAGCAGAGGAGUCAGACAGGGAGAAAGAGAGAAAGAGAGAGGGUCGGGCAGGAAAUGCCUUCAAGAAGCCAGGAGUUGAUUCAUGUGUGCAGGAAUGCUGAGAGAGGAGGACCUAGUGUCGGAGGAGUCCAAGGGGCCAGGCUCGAGAAUUGAUUUACUGUCAAGACGAAUUACAAAGUGAGUGGGGAUAUGGUUAAGGGACUCCUUUUUUUUUAAAGGGAAUCGCUUCCUUCAUAUUCCCCUGUGGCCUGCUUACCUCAACCCACAGGGUUGAUGUUACUUAAGAAAAAAACAAAACAAAAAAGAACAUGGAUGGGACUUUUAUUUUAUUUUCCCCCAGAAAGUGCCCAUUGCAAUGUGUAUAGUCUGUCUUAAAGUGAGCUGUCCAAUGUAUUGCGGAGUCAUGAACCUUCUUGUUUUGUUAGUACUACUGUCGACUAAAUGUAAAAAAAAAAAAAAAAAAAAAUA